CGUGAGAGAGGGAGGGUGCGUUUCUAGUGCCUCCAUUCAUACACCUCUUGAGGGUAUUUUUUUAGUUGUUUUGUUUACUUUUUUUCGUGGUUUAUCGUGAAGAUUCAGGGUUUAUAUCACAAGCCACGGUAUGCGAGUCGGAGGGUGAAGAGCGCGGGAUACACUCGGGCGCAGAGAGCUAUCCGGCCAGCAAAGAUAGGCUCCGUGUCGAGCCUGUUGGAAGUCGUGUGUCCACGAGACGAGGACAGCGGCAGCGUGGGGUCAUGCAGCCCCCCUCCAUCCCCCCUCACCUCGGCACCCUCUCCCGCCCACCCCGCGGCCUCAGCUGACAGCGAGGCCCUGGCCCACCUUGCCUCCCCACCCACCACCCUCCAGGUGCCGCCCGCCCACCCAGGACUCACCCUCUCUGGCCUCAUGGGGUUGCCGCUCAAACCUCUCAACGCUGCAGAGGUUGUGGAGAUUGGGGAGGUGCGCAGGCAGGGGGGUGAGCAGGAACUAGAUCCUGGGGUAGCAGAACUGCUAGGGACGGCCGACGAGCGCACUGCGGCUCUCAGGACGUCACAACGCUUCUAUCUGCGGUUGGUACAAUGGCUUGGGCGCAAACGUAGACCAGGACGUACACCCAAGUCGGCUGAGCAUCACGCUAAAGUGCAUUACGGGCUGCGGACUGAUGCUCCACCUCAUGAUUCCAAGACGGCUCGUAAAAGAUUCGCCGACCUGUUGCGUCGUGCUGCCCGGGGCGGUUCAUGGGAGGAAGGCCGGACUUUGCUGGCACAACAGGAGAGUGGGUACUCCUCGCCUAACAUAUCCGCACAGCACACACCCACCGCUCACCACCGCCUCGUCAACCCACCGGGCUACAUGCGACGUUCUCUAGAACUAUCACCUCAGCGGGCACCGUCCACCAGACCCCGAAUGUCCCUUCCAGCUGAUCACCUCAGACGCACCCUCGACGGUCGCUUUUCCGCUCAGGCAGCAGAGCGCCGACGACGCCUUUCUCGUGGUAAAACAAUUAGUCAGGAUGAAGGAUUCCCUCCCGCUCCACCACAGACUCUGACAACGCCACAAGAAACGAAUUGUAGUGGACGGCCGAACACCCCGCUGGUGACAAGUGCUCGCAGGAUGUCCAGACCAGGGUCGUCCAGCAGAGAGGAGAGCACAGGUGAAGAGAGUGGGUUCGAAGAGGAGGAGCCUGUGGAGGUUAGGGUUCCACCUCUGGUACUGGAGGAGCGCCGUGAUUCAGGUUCCUCCACCACACAGACAGCCACCAGCCAUGACCCUUUAUCAGAGUGGGCCAUAUCCUGGGACCAACUACGAUUUGGCCAUGUUCUUCGACGUGGGUCCACCACCAACAUCUACAGGGGUCGUUGGCAUGGUGAUGUCAUGAUCCAUACUUUCGACGGCUCUGACACCACCACAGAACGCCGUUUUUGGGACCUGGUAUCGAGUCUGUCCAUGAUCCGCCAUGAGAACAUUGUGCUGUUCAUGGGGGCAUGUAUGGUGCCGCCCAACCUGGCCAUUGUGACGGGUGUCCGGCGAGGCAUGUCACUCCACCAACACACCACCUCCAGGGGCUCCAUCCCUUAUCCAUCUCGGGUCAACAUUGCUCGGCAGGUAGCGCAGGCCAUGUCGUACCUCCACUCCCGUGGGAUUAUCCACGGUCGCCUCAACUCCCGCAAUGUGUUCCUUGAGGCCAAGAUCAAGUUGAGCCUCCUGGACCACAGCAUGGCCGAGUCCGGCCCAACGGGGGAAGACACGGGCUGCCUUGCUCAGGGACUCCUCACCUACCUGCCACCAGAGAUGAUGCGGACAAUUCAAGUGGUUCCACCCCACGUGACAGUGACAGCAUCACCUACGCAGCAGUCUGACGUGUACAUGUAUGGCACCCUUUUGUAUGAGCUGUUUGCUGAGGCCCCACCCUUCGCUAUGCAGCACCCUCAUGCUGUGAUCCUGCAGGUGGGCAGACGGAGGCAGCCAACCACAGGGGACCUCCAGUGUACUCAGAACCUCAAGACGCUGAUUGGUGAAUGUUGGGAUUCAGAGACGGCCCAGCGUCCAGUCUUCCCAGACAUUCUAAAAACCUUGCAGCAGACACUCUCCCUCCACCGUGCUCACUCCACCUCAGAACCUGAGAGACUUAACCGAAUGGGUAUUUCUGGUCGGAUAUCCUGCUGACAGGACCUCGGCCGGCCCUCCCCGCCUGGCCGUUCACUCACUGAAGAAACUAUAAAGGAUAAUCUCCAAAGAGAACCAUUCAUCAAGUUACCAUAGAGGCUAUGACUGCUUCAGUGGUACUUUCUCAUGGUGGUUCCAACAGUAUGCCAUAGAAUACUUGCCUGUUUCAAAGAUUCACAUUAAUAGGCAAGAUGAUCUGCAGGCUUACUGGAGAGUCGGCAUCUUGCUGUGCUGUCAUAGCUCAAAAAAGAUCAAGUGAAGUGGCUUUCAUCAAUAAAGGUCUUGUUAUGAUUAUGGCCCAUAAACCUUAUGUCAUGUUCUCAUACACAAAAUUUGAGAACUUUAACACAACAUUUCUCAAGGUCUUUUUAACUAUUGCCAAACUUCUAAAAGCCAAAGAUGUUAUCUCAAUAUAUAUGCCAAAUGAUAUUUAUUGUGAAAGUUGUAGACUGAUGAGUUAGUCUGCUGGCAAUGUUAGACUUGGUGAGGCAAUGGGAUGAAGUUAAAUUUUUUACACUUGAGCCACAAGUUUUUAAUCUCUUUCUGAUAUCGCCUGGAGACUCUGCCUCCACUCCCAUCAUGGCAGCCAUUGAAUAGUGUACAGUAUUUUGGUUGUCGUGUGGAUGUUGUCUGCAAUUCUCUACGCAGGCUACAUGUCUCUAUACCUCGUUCGCUCAAUGCCCUUCAUAAGGCCAGCUAGUCUUCAACAGGUCUUACAUUUACCAAAGUAUAUAUACAGGUACUGUAUCAUAUUUUCUCUAUUGCUUCUCAGUGGGGAUAAUAAGCAUCCUCCUUUCACUCCGUCUUCCACCAGCUCAAGGGUAACAGGAAGGGUUGUGUUCCUGGCCAUGUCAUGUCGCUAUGAGCUUCCUUCAUCAAGGAAAGCAUAAGGUGACAUGAGUGUACUGUCAGGCCACACCACAACCUACCGGCCAUUAGCAAACUAAGAGACUAGGAUACAUUUAUGGGCGUUGCUCUUUGUCUGUCAGUAAUGGUUGAUGUGUUAUAUAUUUUUAAGAGAAAAAUCUUUUUAAAAUCCCAACACUGAAAUUUGUCCUUCUUAUUUGUUGGAAUUUACCUCCAUAGAUCAUGACAUUGUUAAAGUUCUCGCACCUUAUUCUGAGAGAUCAACAUUUUUCCUCUUGUAGAUUAUUUUAUUUUACAUUUGGUUUCUAGUAAUGUAUGUCUAUUUAGAUAUGAAAAAAUUGGAGAAGGAUGUUGUUUAUUUUAAAUUAUAUCAACUUUAAUGUGUGUCUGGCUCAUUUUGCAGUGAUACAAAUGCAUAAUGUAUUUUUUUGAUACAUUGUAACCCCCAUACCACCCAUAAAUACUGUAAUUAAAUAUCCACACAUACUUUACUUACACAUCCACUACUACUCUAGUGGCACACCCAUAUAUACUGCUGUGCUUUAACCAAAGAUAAUGAUGUCAUAUUCUCUCAGUUUUAAGUUACUCACAAUCAGUAUUAUGCUAACAAAUAAUUCCUGUACACACCAACAAUAUUUUAAAAGCUAUUACCUAGUCUAAAACUGUAAUCAAUGCUUAGACACACCUUAUUGGCCAAAUUUCUUUAUCAUUCUUCUAAAGCUUUAUGGAAACACCAUUAUACUGUAUAUAGGCUUACCAUUGCUAACUCUGAAAACCCCUAAAGAUAAUUGUAAGACUGUGAGUUUGGUUAUAAAACUAAAAAGACCAUUAUAAUACACAAACAACUUCAGGACUGAAUGUCAGCAAGACAAAGAGUGACGUCUUUCAUCUACAGCUUGUUGGCAGAUGUGUGUGACAUAAAAGUGAUGUAACUUAGUCCAUGGGAUCAGCACUCAGCCUUCAGUGCAGGGUUAGAUUCCAGCCACCAGAAUGGGGUUAUACCUCAGCAUCUGGAGUGAAUAUGUGUCAGGACACAAUAAAAAGUAGUAUCAGUUUUCUUCUACCUUCACUGAAAUUUACAAGUCUGGAUCACAUUGUAGUAUAAGAUCAAGCCAAAUUCUUAAUGUGUAAUAAUCAAAGCAUCAGUACAUUUGGUGCACAGUCUUAUUACAUGUCUCUUUACUUAAUUAAUGUUGAAUUAUACGUUUAUGCAGGUAGAUGAUGCACUCCUCACUUUGUUGAAUUUUAUAUGCUUGGUGGGUUGUAUUAGAGGUCUGUUGAUGUUCAUCUUUCCUGAAGUUUACAAGUGAUGCUUGUUGCUCUUUUUCCUUACUGCUAAACUCCUACAAAAACAUGCUUGUCCAUAAUUUGAGGCUGUAGGUGUGUACAGGUAUAUAGAUCCUUUCACACCUUAAUUAUGACAAUUAGCUGAACACAAUCUUUUGGAAACUACAUGUAAUCCAGACAGUACCAGUGGUGGAAAGAUAUAACAACUCAAAAGUCCUGUAUUAUAAGUGAUUAGCAAUACCGUAGUUGUAACAACCUUAACACAGUCAGCUGCUGUCAAGGAGUGUGUGCAGUUUACAACCAAAGAUUAUGAUACUGAAUCUCAUCCUCAUGGAUAAUUAUCACUUCAUUCUUUUCUUAAGAAUGAAAAUUACUACAUUAUUCUCAUGGAUAGCAUUACUAUAUUGAUCUCAUGUAUGAUAUUAACGACUGUAUACUUGUUUUCUCAUGAUUUGUAUUCCCUAAUUAUCUUUUAACAAAUAAUAUUGGUACAGUAUUAUAAACUGACAUGAAUGUUAUUCUACUUUACUGUUGUGAAUGAUAUUACUCUCAUGGAUUAUACGGCUUGAAUAAUAUAUUCCUUUGUGUUCUCAUUGAUGAUGCUGUACUUCCCAAUAUUUGUCAUGAAUGAAUUUACUUGUUCCUGUACAUAACUUUACAUUCAUUUACUCUUAUUAACUACUGUAUACCACUUUAUUUUAGUCAUAUGAAUCAUGUUACUGUACACUACACUGUUCUUAUGAUUAAGACGACCAAACUAAUUCUCACGGGUGAAGAUAGCCAUCGAGUUACCCCACAAGGUAAUUGGAGGCUGUUUCCCAUAGACUCCAGUAUUGUCAACAAAGUACAAUUACUCUAUAUUUGUCAGAGGUGAAUAAGCUUAGUCAUUAUUUUUUUUUUCUUAUACAGGGAUUUUUUUAAUUAUGGUUUAUGUGCUUUGUUGUACAGUAUAGUGUUUUUCUACCAGAGUUUACCUAUAAAAGUUUAUUAGAGGUUAGUGGAAAAUAUCUACAGUAGGUCAGUUGAAAGUCUGAGAGAGGUAAGUGGUAAAGGUUUACAAGAAGUGUACAGAAGGUAGUUUGGAAUAUUAUGGGUGGUGCUGCUAGCUGUUAGUUAUGAUGGCACUUCAUUUAUUAAUAUGUUUUAUAGUUUUGAGUGAACAUUAUCAUUUAAGGGAAUAAAAUUACUGUGUACAGGGAGUAAACAUUGUCAAUGAGAGAAAGACAUAUGUAUAGGUUUAGGUAAUACAGUAUUUAAAGUUUUACUUCGCUUAACUUGUAACUUCAUCUCACUCUUUUUGUUAACAUUGUUUUCAUAUGAUCCUUUGGCUAUGAAGCCCAAAUUAUGACUCCUAUUUCUUGUAAGUAAGAUGUACUGUAGUAUACUAUUGUAUCAAGGCAAGAGUCUGAUAUGUAGGUCUACCAAAGAGUGCAGAACUCCCUAUCAUAAGUUUACUAUCAGAUGUCCUCUUUUUUCUUUUUGGGACAGAUAUUAAAUUUUAGAACAAAUCAGUGUAGAUUUAGAAUGGUGUCAACCAAUUGGGUUCAAAAAUAACUUCAAGUUCAUGCAAACCCUACUGUACUGUGGAGGGAGUGCAUUUCAUGGAUACUUGUGAAACUACUCAGUAGAUAUUGUAUGAUUCUGAAACUGGCUGGCACAACACGAGACCAAUGUCACAUAUCAAACAGAAUAACUAAGUGAACUGUAUUUACUGUAGGCCUCUAUUAACUUAGUCAUAUCAGGCAUUCAAAAUCAAUAUGACACCAGUUUUUAGUCCCUUUCAGUAGUCACACUAUAAAUAUCUUCUUUACACACAGGUUCUUAAAGCUGCUGUGCCAACUUUAAACUCCUGCUAUGGCUCCCUGUAAUUUUGUGACAGCCCAACUAGUGUUUUGAAUUCUUUACUAAUGUUUUUUGGGGGCUCCCCACUUUUACAAUGGUGCCACAGGUAUCUCUUAUUAUUUGACAACAAAAGUUUCCUUCAUAAGUACCUGAAACUCUUAUAUUUAUAAUUAGUAGAGAUAUUGGUUGAAGCAUUUUUUUAUUUUUUUAGAAGGAAAGUGUUGUCACAAGUUACUAUGAGUCAGUGUAUCCUUCACUUCUGAGAUGUAACAUUUUCAUACCCAAGUACAUCACCUGUGCUGUAGCUAACAUGUACAGCUGUGGCAGCCAGGAUAUUCUUGACUUUUCCUUAUUGUAGUCUCUGUCUAGACAAUCACCCCUGAUCUGUUUAGACAGUCUUACAAGAUCUCUUUAGAAAUCCUUGUAAGAUUGUCUAGACUAAUUAUAAGAUCUGUUUAGACAGCCUUGUAAGGUGUCUUAGUUGUCUUGUAAGAUCUGUCUAUACAGUCUUGUAAGUUUUCCACAUGUCUCUAUUAUUUAGAGUGUGCAGCUCAGUGACUUAAUAUUUCCCAAGGAAAGAAAUUAGCUGUCCCAUGUUCCAUGUUUAGCUGAACUAGCCCACAUGUAAUGCUUGUUGUUCCUGCUGUGCCCAUCUCUGGUUGACCCCUCAUACAGUAUAGCCUUCAUGACCAAAGAUAUGAAGAUGAAAUGGACAGUAUCAUAUUUCCAAUAUGUCCUUCAAGCCUUACUGUAUAUUUUUAUGCCUCUGCCAGAAAAAAAAUACGAUAUUUUUUACCUUAAAAAUAAGAUUACUCUUAAAGCAGUGUGAAAUCUCCAAAUAUGUACUAUAUAGGUUCUUUAUAUAUUCCUACUUCUUUUACUCAUUGUCUCCUAUAUGCUAUUGGUGAUUGUACCUCACAGUGUUAUUGAGUGUAGACUAGAUUUUAGCCUGUUAUGCAUUGUUUCCAUUUUAACAAUGUUGAGAGCAUUAGAUGGUACAUUGUCAGACAUUGUAAUGUGUAAUUUUUUUUAUAUAAUACUGUGCUCUGUACUCCAUGUUUGUCCCAUAGCUGGUAGUUAGUGUAGAAAGCAGUGGUGACCACACACAACACAGCUCAGUGGUGUGCUCGCCUCCUUGUGGUAUUUUUAUUAUUAGUGUUUUAUGUCCUGUAAGAAGUUUCAUUAGUUUUACUGUGCCACUAAUGACCAGUUUUAUGAUUUUCUAUUUGCACUUGUUAUUGUAUUUACAGCUGCAGAUGUAUUUUCAUUCAAUAAGUUAAUAUUAAGUCCAUGUAAAGAGAACAUACUUGA